GCGAACUUCAAGGCCAAUUACUACUACUACCACUAGUUGGAUGACACGUGGCCAGCUGGCGUCAUCCCUGUCGACAGUGUCGAGCUCAAGAAGAAAGUUGGAAAUUUUUCUUCGCGCGAGAGAGUCUCAUGUGUUGUGGAAGGGAGGUGAUGCCGAGCAGACAUUGCAGGAGCAGCAAGCAGAUGAGGCAAGCGCCGGACAGAAGAGACAGAGGUCGAGGAGGAGAAGGUGGCGGCUGUCUAUGUCUUCUUCUUCUUCAUCUUCUUCUUCUUUUUCUUCCAGCUCCUCUGUCGCCACGACUUUGCGAGCUAUGGCUUUUGGACAUUCUUCUACAGGACCUUCUUCGGACAGAGAUAAGUCCUCCUCAUUCCCAACAGCUGCAGCAACAACAAGCCUGAUUGGGAGAGAGGGGCUUCCUCUGUCCAAUCCAGUAGAACCACCAGGAAGGCUAAUGAAGGAGCGACCUGGGGAUGCUGAUGACGAGGAGGAGGAGGAGCAGAGCACGGACAAGGAGGGAGAUUUCCAGUGGCACAGGCAUUGGUAUGCUGUAGCGCCUGUCUCUCAUCUAGACAAGAAGGAGCCACAUGCAGUGACCGUCCUGGGCCGUCGGUAUGUUCUGUGGUGGGACCGGUCCGGUGUGACAAUGAGGCCUGGCAAUGGCAAAGAGAGUGUCACUGACCAGAAGGAGGACGGCUAUGGCGGACAUGCAGCAACUGCAAGAGAUGGAGGAGGAGAGGGAGGGGGAGCAUCGACGGCGGCGGACAGGAACAAAGAUCACAUCUUUACUGCUCAUGGUGGUGAUGAUGGUGACGAAGCAGUCGGGACUUGGCGCGCUUUCCUAGACAUGUGUCCGCAUCGACUAGCUCCGCUGUCCGAAGGGAGAAUAAAUGAGCAGGGGAGGCUGCAGUGCUCCUACCAUGGCUGGUCCUUUGGCGGCGAUGGCGGAUGCAAGCGCAUUCCGCAAGAAGGACUGGAGCAAAGGUCUACUGCAUCUCCGCGAGCUUGCGCCAUCGCGGUCCCGACGACCGUCUUCAAAGGAGUGAUUCUCCUCUGGCCGGACGAGAGCGAAGAGGGAUCUCGAUUGGCGACCCAAACUCCUCCUCCGAUCGUUCCCGACCGCUACAGAUCGGGACUGAUCCGCUACAAGGAGUACUACCUGAGGGAGCUGUAUUACAGCUACGAGACGCUGGUCGAGAACCUGCUCGAUCCCAGCCACCUGCCCUUCGCUCACCACAAGACCUCUCCUGCCAUAGGCCGCGAUAGCGCGCAUCCCAUGGACUUCAAAGCGCUCUUCGAGAGGAAGGAGGGGUUCAAAGGGCAGGUGUACGAUGAAGUCCUCUCACCAGGAGUGAUCACAGUGCAGUUCAUCGCUCCGAGCAUUGUGACGUACACCAGGGAGUUGACCGUGCUGGGUCACCCUUACACCCAGGUGGACUUGUUCUACGUAACGCCCACCGAACCCGGACGCUCCAUCUUCAUGUACAGGUACACUGGGACCGGGGUGGGAAGAGGAUCCAUGGUGAGUCUGCUGGCUGGCACCUUGAGCAAGGUCGGGACGAAUCACAUGUUUCUAAGCAAUUUCCUUGACUCAGACUCCUACUUCCUUCACGUGCAGGAGAGGUACCUUGAGAGGAUGAGGGUGAUGGAGGCGAGGAAUUUCAAGCAGGCGUACUUCAUGCCCACAUCAGCAGAUAGACUGGUGGUUGCUUUCUGGCGAUGGCUGGAAAAGCAUGGCUCUGGAGGAGUGAAAUGGGCAAUCACCCCCUCAGCAACCAGGCUGCCUCGUGGCUCCAUUGCUGAUGUCGUGCAGCAUAAGGCAGAUGGCAUGCGCAGUGCAAACAGAGCUACAUAUCAAAACACUCUUGCAUUCUCGAACAAAAUCCCGACGACAAUCGUCUAAUCAACAAAGGCGUCACACAUUC